UUUCCCCUCCAAUAAUGUCGGCUCCCACCAGUUCCCUACCGCGAAAAUCCUCCAUCUUUCGUCGUCAGAGCCGCCAAAUAAAUACGGCGCUGCGGCAACGAAUGGCGUCCCCAUCGUCGCCAGACGAACCAACUAGCCAUGGCACCGGGCUUCCAAAAGCGUUGACUGACCUCCUAGAUCGGGGCAAGAAAGGGUUACCAGCUGUCUCUCUCGUAGAUGCGGUACGCAACACGGAUAGUCUAGAUGACAGAAAGCUCCUGCUUGAACAUGCCCUUGUUUUCCUCUCGCCCCUUCAGAACAAAGUCAUUGCCUUGCUGUACAAUGAUCUUUCCCAUCCUCCGGCUACUUAUCUCGGAAACGAGUACAAAUUCCGCAAGGCAGACGGCUCGAACAAUAACGUCCUAGCUUCGGAUAUGGGAAAGGCGGGAACGCCGUAUGCCAGAAGUGUACAACAAACUCAUCCUCUGCCGAGGCGAAAUAUGCCAGAUUCGGGCUUGAUUUUCGAUACUUUGCAGUUCGUCAAGCACCCAGGUGGUCUAUCAUCCCUCAUGUUCGCAUUUGCCGCUCUCGUUAUACACACUGUAUUCCGGACAUCACAUACCGAUAUCAGCAUCAACGAAACAUCUUCAUACGUGGAUCUAGCACCUUUAUACGGCCAUAAUCAAGCGGCGCAAGACAAGGUUCGGAAACGCGAUGGAUACGGAAAGCUGCACAAGGAUGUUUUCGCUGAGGAUAGGCUUAUGCUGCUUCCGCCCGCUGUUUGCGUGCUCCUGGUGCUCUUUUCUAGGAAUCAUAAUUAUAUCGCCCAGAAGUUGCACGAGAUAAACGAACAUGACACCUUUGUUGACCCUUCAACGUUGUCCGAGGAGGAUCGCUUGAAGCAGGACGAAGAGUUGUUCCAGACCGCUCGUCUAGUCAACUGUGGCUGGUUCGGCACUGUCGUAUUUUCCGAUUAUUUCUCAUGUAUCUUGGGUCUUGUACGAGAGGGUAGCAGCUGGAGUUUGAAUCCGUUUGGUGAAUUCCGGAAGGAUGAUCACGCCACAUUCGAGCGCGGAGAAGGAAACGUCUGUAGCGUUGAGUUUAAUUGUCUCUACCGAUGGCAUGCUACCACCAGUGCUAAAGACGAAAAAUGGGUGGAAAAACUCAUGGGUGACAUGUUCGAAGGGAAACCCUUUGAUGAAGUCACGACCACAGACUUCAAGGAAGUUGCGAAGAAAUUGAGUCAACUGGACCCAGACUUGACUCACUGGACUUUCGGAAACCUGACCCGACAAACAGACGGUUCCUUCAAGGACGAAGACUUGGCCAAAGUUUUGCAAGAUGCGACUGAUGAACCCGCGGCUGCUUUCAGGGCAAGGGGAACCCCGCCUUCCAUGCGCCUCCAUGAAAUACUGGGAAUAGAACAGAACCGACUCUGGGGAGUAUGCUCUCUCAAUGAGUUCAGGAAGUUCCUAGGACUUAAGCAAUACGCCACAUUCCUGGAGUGGAACUCCGACCCUGAGAUCGCCAAGACUGCGGAGAAGUUGUACGGCGACAUCAAUAAUCUCGAGUUGUAUGUUGGUCUCCAAGCCGAAGAAGCCAAGCCACUCGUUGACGGAGCCGGCUUAUGUCCUGGCUACACCAUAAGCCGUGCCAUCCUCAGUGAUGCCAUCGCUCUCACGCGUGGUGACCGAUUCUUCACACGCGAUUUCACUCCUGCGAAUCUCACCUCUUGGGGUUUCGCUGAUUGUCAACGUGACCCUAAAGCCUUUGGAUUUGGCAGUGCUCUUGGAAAGCUCUUCCUGAGAACUCUCCCGCAUGAGUUUGGAGAAAAUGGUAAUAGCGUUUACGCCUUCUUCCCGUUGAUGACGCCGGAAUCCAUGAAAGUCCAUUUGACAAAGAUGGGUGUGGUGGAUCAGUAUGAUUUGACGAGACCGGUGAAGAAGGCACCGGGGGUAGUGACGUUCGCGAGCGGUAGUACCAAGUAUGCGAACAGGGCAGCAAAGAUUCUUGACGCAAAAGGCAAAGGGUUCUACAUCACACAAGAUGAUGAGAAACGUCGUGAAGUUGUCGUCCGCGCCCUUACUGAGGCCAUAGGGUCAGAAGACAAGAUCGGGCAGUAUUUCUAUACCCAGACCACGUUCCUUAUGUCCGAGCAGUCGUUGCGCAUGGUAGGAGGCGACAAGCUCGUCGUUGAUAUUGUGCGUGACGUCUUUAAACCGUUGACGGUCGGUUGGGUUGCAACGGAAGUGGCUGGGAUCCAGUUGACAAAGGGAUCUCAACAUGGAGCGUAUACACCAGCUCAGUUGUAUGACAUCCUAGGGGAUGUCUACGAAUAUAUAUUCCUGAGCGUGGAGGACUCCAAACUAGUGAACUUCCAACACAAGAUGCAGAAGGGCGUCAAGCACCUGUCUAGCCACCUCAAAUCCGCUGAAAAGUUCUCCAUCGUCCAUUUGGUUGAAAGUGCCUUUUCGUCCAAUAGAAGUCAUAAAAAAACCGAUGAGAAAUUCAUCAAACGCCUGGCGGAGCUUGGAGUACCGAGUGAUGAAGUCAACAACACGAUCUUAGCCAUCAUGGUCGGUGCAUCGGUCGAGCUAUCUUUGGCCCUUACAAACAUGCUCAAUAUCUGCCUCGAAUCCGACGUACAAUCUGCGACAAACGAAGGAAGAAUUCGUGAAGUGAUGCGUCUAGAUCCUACCUUCCAUGAGGCAUCAAUAUCCACCACAGCCGCUCCAGGGCCCGCUACUAAUCGUCACGUCCAACCAGAGAUCUUCAGCGUGUCGAAAUGUCUGGGAGAACCUUUGACUGUGAAGAUCUUAAGCGAAACGCUUCGAGCCGUCCUUAGCUAUCCUGGCAUAUGUCGUGGCCCCGGUCAAUCUGGUAAACUGAGCAGGUUCAAGAUCGAAGACAAGAUUAGGGAGAAUCUCCGCUAUGGCUACUUGGACAGUGACCUACAGGUGUCUCCCUGGCCUACAUCGUUGAUAGUGCGGUUCGAUGGAUCUGUGAAGCAGUAAGAAGAUGACUGAUGUGUCACGAUUAUGUCGAUACUAGUCUCACUCAUCGAAUGUAUUGACAAUGUCUGGCCCAUGCACUCCCUCUUAAUGAUUGUAAUGACUUAUUAGUUACUCAAAUACCUAUGAAAAUUGCUCAGAAGGUGCCAUAAGCACGUCAUGUUGGUAUUAGCUACUCGAGAGAAGCACUACAUGAAUAAGGUUAUGUCAGUAUUCUUAUCGACAAGUCGAAGUACUCGACGAGUUUAGGUUCCAAACAUAGUUCCGCACCAAUACGGGCGAUUUCCGAAGGAGGGAAGUUUGUUUUAUUGGUCGUCGGAGGUUGGAGGGUUAAUUUGGGGUUAAUAGAUAGGUGUUCUUCGUUGCCGACUAAUACAAUUCGACUGGCGCGAGCACGUUAAUUUUAUACACAAG